AUGCCCUUCCAAUACAAAAAGGUCCUCGUCCUAGGAGGCACGAGCGGUAUAGGCAAAGCCAUGGCGGAGAAAUUCCUCAACGAAGGCAGCUCCGUCAUCGUCGUUGGCCGACGAAAACAGAACCUCGAGGCCUUCGCACAAGAAUAUGGCAAAGAAGAAGGCAAAGUCGACACGGCCGUCUUCGACAUCACAGACCUCAAAGGAAUCCCCACCUUCGCGAGCGAAAUCACGUCCAUACACCCGGAUCUCGACUGCGUGUUCCUCAACGCGGGCAUCCAGCGCCAUCUGAAAUGGCAGGAGCCGGAGAAGGUAGAUCUGGAUCUGAUGGAGAAGGAAUUCACGACGAAUUAUACGUCGUACAUGUACUUCACGAAAGCCUUCCUCCCCUUCCUCCAGAGACAAGCACCGAGACCUACCUCGCUGAUCUACGUCUCCUCCGGCCUGGCCCUCGUGCCCAACUCGUACUGCCCCAACUACUGCGCCAGCAAAGCGGCGCUGCACCACAUGGUCCUCGCGCUGCGGUUGCAGAUGAAGGAGAUUGAGUCGAAUGUCAGGAUUGUGGAGUUGUUGCCGCCGGCUGUGCAGACGGAGUUGCACGAUGACAAGCAUCAGCCGGAGUUCAAGGGCACUGGUGCGGCGUUUGGAAUGCCACUGAACGACUUCGUGCAGGAGCGGCAGAAGGCGAUGUUGAGGAUGUAUGAGGCGCAGAAGAGUCGGUAA